ACAAAAUGUAAUAAUAGAACCAUACAAAGUAUUAUAUUGUGAAGAAUGAUAACUUCUUGUUUUGUUUUUAUAGAUUAUGAAAUUAAGGCAGGAAAAGGCGAAAAGUUACUUCCAAAACUUGUCUGUGUAGUAACAGGUAAAGGUCCACUGAGGUCGUAUUACCAGUCCUUAAUUAAAGCAAAGAACUUCGUGUUUGUUGAAUUUGUCACUCUUUGGUUGUCAGCUGAGGAGUAUCCAGUACUUUUGGCUAGUGCUGACUUGGGAGUUAGCCUUCACUUCUCCUCUAGUGGAUUAGACCUUCCUAUGAAAGUGGUAGACAUGUUUAGUUGUGGACUUCCUGUCUGUGCUCUCGCUUACAGUUGUCUUGAAGAACUUGUUCAUCACAAUGAGAAUGGUCUGGUGUUUAAAGACAGCCAAGAAUUGAGUCAACAGUUGCAGAUGCUGUUUGAAGUUUUUCCAAAACAAACAACUAAGCUUGACCAAAUGCGGGAAAAAUUGAAAUCAUUUCAACAAACAACCUGGGAUCAGACUUGGGUUUGUCAUGCGAAACAAACAUUUCUAUCGUAUCAUCGGUCGUGAUUUUGUCGAUUGGAAGAUAAGAUAUGAUUGUGUAACUUAAAUAAUGAAGCUUAGCUUUCCAAGCCAAGAUACUGCAUUAUACAGUUGUUCUUAUUAUGAUAUGAUUAUGUGAGUUAACACAAAACAUAAAGAUUAGCUUUCCAAGACAAGAUGCUAUGUUGUGCAGUUGUUCUCAUUAUGAUAUGAUUGUGUGAGUUAACACAAAAUAUAAAGAUUAGCUUUCCAAGGCAAGAUGCUAUGUUGUGCAGUUGUUCUCAUUAUGAUAUGAUUGUGUAAUGUGAAAGAAAAUAUAAAGGUGUACCAGGUACAGAAGUAAACAAGA